AUGGAACAGAACAAAGUAAUGCUAAUUUAUGACAACUAUGAUAUACUUUGCAUAAAUGCGGAUAAUGAAAGAUGUGAAAAUAAGUUUGAACAAUCAAUUAAAGAUAAUGAGAAAAAGAUAUGUAUGCUUAAAAAUGGAAAUUUUUUAAUUUUAAAUGCAAAUAGAAAAAUUAUAACGCAAUAUUCAUCCACAAAAAGUAAUGCAAUAUAUACAAAACAUUUACGCGUAUAUAUAAAUGUAAUUAAAUUAACAAAAAAUGAAAAAUUAAUUUUUGGAGGUGAUAAAACAGGAAAUAUAUAUAUAUGGUCUUCUAUAACAGGAUUAUUAAUUAGUUCAUUUCAGGCACAUUUUGGAUGUAUAAAAGAUAUAAUAAUUGAUCAAACAUUAAAUGUUAUAUAUACAUAUAGUGAUGAUAAUAUAAUUCAUGUAUAUAAUUUACAUGACAUGUUAAGAAAAAAAAGUGCAACUAAACCAAUGUUAUUUUAUCAACAUGAUAUAAAUACAAGUAUAAAGCAAAUUCUCCCAAUAACACCAAAUAUAUAUGAUUCAUAUUUUACAUUAAUUUCCUUAACUAAUGAUGGAAGUUUAUAUAUUUGGGGAUUAAAAACAAAUCAACCAAUACAAAUAUUAAAAACAUAUUCAAUGAAUUGUUCAUAUAUAUGUUCAAAUCACCCAUUUAAUACACAUUUGUAUUUAUGUAAAGGCAAUAAAAUAUUUCGAAUACCAAUUGCUAGUUUGCUUGAAAAUGGGCAUGAACAUAGCAACGAAUGUAAAGAAUGUAAAAAACCGAACCUUGAAAAAAUAAAUAAAUGUAAUAGUGAUUAUGUAAAAAUAAUAAAGAAUGAUGAACAAGAUAACAAAUCAUACAAAGAUGAAAAUUUUAAAGAUAAUAAACUUUUAAAAAACUAUUCUCAAAAUAAUCCAUAUUUUAAUUUAAAAAAUUUUACUACAUUUAUAGGUCAUAAAAAUGAUAUAAUAAAAUGUUAUGUUAAUGACAAAAAUCAAUUUAUGAUUUCUUUAGGUAAAGAUGGCUUAAAAAUAUGGGAUAUAUAUAAUUGUUAUCCUAUAAAAACAUUAAAAUAUGGAGGAAAUGUUAUCGAUUUUUAUGUCCCAUCAAAUAAACAAUUUUCUUACUUAGUAGAAUUACCAAAUUUAGUUCUUGAAUAUGAAGAUGAUACAAAAAUAAAUAUUAUUGAUGAAAUUAGUCAAACCACGAUUCCAGAAGAAUAUAACCAAAUCUUUAAAAAUGAUGAAAGUUUAUUGAUUAAUAUGGCAACUACAUUUGCUCAACAUGGCAUAUAUUAA